AUGCGGAGUCUUCGCCCCUUCGCGGCCUCGACUCGCGGUCGCGCCGAGCCGUCCAGCGGGCGCGCGGCGCCCCUGUCGCUCUCUCCGCUUCUGCGUCCUGCUGCUUCUCUCGCGUCGCUGCCGCGUGCUGCGCCUCUGUUUCCCUCGCAGCGCAGGAGACUCUUCUCCUCGCUCGGCGCGGCUGCGCCGCGGCGCGAAGGCCGGCUGGCGUUUCGCUCGGCGGUCGCGCGCGCCUUCUCCUCGCGGGCGGCGGCGGCGGACGCCUCGCUCGCCUCCGAGUCCUUCUUGACCGGCACGAGUGCGCCGUAUGUCGAGCAGAUGUAUCGCGCCUGGCAGAAGGAUCCUGCGGCGGUCCACGCGUCGUGGAACGCAUACUUCACCAACGUGGCGAAGAACUUGCCUGCGGGCGCUUCCUUCUGCUUGCCUCCGCAGGGCGAGGCGCUGUCGUCGCCGGGGAGCGCGGUGCCUAACGGCACGCCUUACAUCGCGAGCGCGCCAGGGUCGCUACCUGCGGGCGCGUCGUUCGUGACCCCAGAGUCACUGCCGGUCUCGUCGCAGCAGAGCGUGCACGACACCAGUCGGCUGAUUCAAAUGAUUCGCGGCUACCAAAUGCGAGGGCACGAGCUCGCCUCGGUCAAUCCGCUGGCGCUGCCACAGGAGGCGCCGUUCGUCUCGAGCGUCCGCGGGCGCUACCCGGCGGGGAAGCUGGACUUCGAGACUUACGGCUUCACGCAGGCGGACUUGGACAAGGUCUACGACUGCCGCGUAGACGGCAUGUGCGGCUUUCUUUCCCCGGAGCUGCCGCCGCGCCCGCUGCGGCAAAUCAUCAAGCGGCUGGAGGAGGCGUACUGCAGCACGAUCGGCGUCGAGUAUAUGCACAUUGGCGACCGCAACGUCUGCAACUUCAUCCGGCAGUGGAUCGAGACGCCGACAAAGUACGUGUUCUCCGCGGAGAUGAAGAAGAAGAUCCUCGCGCGGACGGCGCGCGCGCAGAUGUUUGAGAACUUUUGCGGACAAAAGUUCAGCACGAGCAAGCGCUUCGGGUUGGACGGCUGCGAGACUAUGAUUGUGGCGAUGAAGGCGCUGACGAAGAAGGCCGCGCGCGAGGGCGUCAACAGCGUGGUGAUCGGCAUGCCGCACCGCGGCCGGCUGAACGUGCUGGUGAACGUUCUGCACAAACCGAUGCAGCAGCUGCUGUCGGAGUUCCUGGGCGUCACUUCGUACUCCUCCGCGUCGUGGGGCAACUCGGGCGACGUCAAGUAUCACCUCGGCGUCGAGUUCGACCACUUCGACGCGGACGCGCAGCGCUACAUCCACAUGGGGGUUCUGGCGAAUCCGUCGCACCUCGAGGCAGUGGAUCCUCUCGUCAUCGGGCAGGCGCGCGCGCAGCAGUACUACUCGGAGGACGGAGACGGCACGAAGGUGUUGCCGAUUAUUCUGCACGGCGACGCCUCGCUCGCAGGCCAGGGCGUCGUCUACGAGACGCUGCAGAUGUCGCAGCUGCCCAACUACCGCGUCGGAGGCGCGAUUCACAUUGUCGUCAACAACCAGGUCGGCUUCACGACGAACCCCGUCGACUCCGGCAGCGGCAGAUACUGCACAGACAUCGCCAAGGCCCUCGACGCGCCCGUCUUCCACGUGAACGCCGACGACCCCGAGGCUGUGACCUUUGUCAGCGAAAUGGCGCUCGAGUACCGGCAGCGAUUCAAGGGCGACGUCUUCAUCGACAUCGUCGGAUACCGCCGCCUCGGUCACAACGAACUCGACAUGCCCAAAUUCACUCAACCCAGAAUGUAUAACCUCAUCGCCAAAAAGAAAACCGUCUUUGAACUCUACGCAGACAAACUCAAAAACGAGGGUGUCGUCGAUGAGGCGGAUCUCCAGCGCCUGAAGCAAAACAUCCUUGCGUUCUACAACGCGGAAUACGAAAAAUGUAGAGACUUCCUCCCUCGUCAGCAGUACGAAUACUCGCCGCAGUGGAAGCAUCUGCUGCGUCCCGACGUGCCUGCAGCUCCGCAGUUGACUGGUGUGCCUCUGGAGCGUCUGCGGGAGUUGGGCACGAGGAUUUUCACUCUGCCUGCGAACUUCAACGUGCAUCCAACAGUUGGAAAGAUCUUCAAGGAGAGACUGAACGCGAUCCAGGCUGCGCCUGACCAGAACUUAAUCGACUUUGGCACUGCGGAAAACCUCUGCUACGCGACGCUCCUCUCCGACGGCUUCCACGUGCGCAUUGCAGGCCAGGACGUGCAGCGAGGCACCUUCUCGCAUCGGCACGCGGUGCUGCAUGAUCAGACGACGUUUGAGCCCUACUCGAUUUUCGAUGCCCUGAGCCAAUACGGCUUCCCUCACAAGAUUCAAAUCGCAAACUCGCUCCUCUCGGAGUAUGCUGCGAUGGGCUACGAGCUCGGCUACUCGCUGGAGCACCCCGAUUCGCUUUGCAUCUGGGAGGCGCAAUUCGGCGACUUCGCGAACGGCGCCCAGAUCAUCAUUGACCAGUUCAUCGCCAGCGGAGAAGUCAAAUGGAACAAACAAACAGGCAUUGUGGUGAUGCUGCCGCACGGCUACGACGGGCAGGGCCCCGAGCACUCUUCGGGCCGCAUUGAGAGAAUUCUUCAGCUCUGCGACGACCGCGAGGACGUCAUCCAUCAAGAAAACUGGGAACUGGAGAAAUCUAGCAUCAUCCAGCAGCACAACUUGCAGGUCAUCGUCCCCAGCACGCCCGCGAACACCUUCCACGCGCUGCGCCGGCAGGUGCACCGCGAGUUCCGCAAACCGCUCAUCAUUUUCUCUCCCAAGCGAAUGCUUAAGAUGAGAGCGGCGAUGUGCACACUGAACCAGCUCAACGAAGGCACGCGCUUCAGAAGAUACAUUCCGGAUAAGACUGCCGAGCCCGAGAAGGUGACGCGGCUCAUCGCGUGCAGCGGUCAAGUCUACUACGACCUCAUCGCCGGAAGAGAAAAAAUCAAGAAUGGAGAUCCCGGCAAGACGGAGGUCGCUCCUGGCGACAAAAUCGCGAUUGCGCGAGUGGAGCAGCUCUCGCCCUUCCCGUUUGACCUCUUCAUCCAGGAUCUGCAGCGCUACCCGAACCUGAAGUCGGUCGUCUGGGCACAGGAGGAGCCGAUGAACCAAGGCGCGUGGUUUUACACCUCGAAGCGCAUCGAGUCUUCACUGCGGCAUCUGGGCUACCCGAAUGAGAUCCGCGCGCCGAUCUACGCCGGCCGCGACGUCUGCGCGGCGACGGCCGUCGGCGACAAGAAGCUACACGACGAAGAACUGGCGCAGCUCCUCGACGACGCACUGGAUCUUAAUCGCACUACGCAUUCCUACCUCGAAAAAUACAUAAACGAACAGGACAAAUAA